AAUACUAAGGAAUUAAAAGUUUAAGGAAAAAUGACAGCAUCUGGUUCUUCUUCUUCAUGUGGAGCAUGCAAGUUUCUUAGAAGAAAAUGCACAAAUGAAUGUGUUUUUACUCCAUACUUCUGUUACAGCCAAGGGGCACAUCACUUUGCAGCCGUUCACAAGGUUUUCGGUGCAAGCAAUGUUUCCAAACUAUUGAUGAAACUACCGCUGCAAAACAGAAGCGAAGCCGCUAUCAGUAUAUCGUAUGAAGCUUUGGCUCGUAUGGAGGAUCCUAUAUAUGGUUGCAUAGCUCAAAUCUUAGCACUUGAACAACAGGUCACCAUCUUACAAGAGGAGAUAGAGCAACUCACGAGUUACAUGGCUUAUGAUCCAAUUGGUCUGCUAAACUACGAAAGUUUUCAGGAGAUUGGUGACCUGAAUGCUGGGCUACCAUCCUCUUUUCAGUUUAACAAUACGAGCAUCAGUGAUCAUCUAAAUCAACCCUUAUUAUUUGCUGCACCUCAUGCAAGUUUCUUCUAACCAAUGAGGGAGAAAGUUGUCAUUCUUGCUGUUUUCGUGGACCAUCGACUGAUGGAAAAAGGUUGUGGUAUGAUGUUAAGCACAUAAAUAAUAUCAAAGCUCUUUGAUUCCAUGAUGAACCUAAGUGGUACUAGUUUAUUAGUUCGUACAAUUGGAACAGUG